AUGUCUUACCACCAUUCCCACCCGGGCGGACACCAUCCGACGUUGUUUGGCGCCCACCUGCCUCCCCUCAACUAUGGUCACAGCCAUGGCCCUUCUGGCUCCUCGGCCAGCCCGGGCGCGUUGCUGGGGACGGGCAUCUCGUCGCACUCUUUCCCCAUGGCACCUACGCAGAGCUCGGCCUCGCCCGCCCAUCCGGGCCAGCAGGGUCACGCCACGCCGCAGCAGCAGCACCAGCAGGCGCAACAGCACGUCGACGCUUCGCAGCAGGCUCACCAGCAGCAGCACCAGCAACAGCAGCAGGUGCAGCAACAGCAGCAGCAGCAGCAGGCGGCGCAGCAGCAGCAACAGCAUCACCAACAGCAGCAGCAACAACAGCAGCAGCAGCAGCAGCAGCAGCCGCCGUCCAUGGCCGGAGCCUCGGACAACCUCAUCUCACCGCCGUCGAUGCCGUUGGAGGUCGACUUCGACACCCUCGACUCGGCAUCCACCUACAUGCACAGCUACGCCUACUCGCAGGGCUUCGACAUCCGCAUCCAGUGGUCGGCCAACAACCAGACGCGGAUAUGCUGGUCAUGCUACAGAGGCGGCUACCCCGAAAGCGCGCUCAACGUCAACAAGCCCGACGGCACGCCAGCAAAGCCAAACAAACGCCAGGUGCCCAAGGAAAAGGAGCGACGCAAGAGGGGCUCGCUAAAGAUCGGCUGCCCCUUCCGCGUGCAAUGCACAAAGAACUGGAAGAACGGCAAGAUGGAGCUGAGGAUCCUCGAGGGAAGGCACAACCACCCCAUGGAGGCCGAUCGGGACAAUCUGCCUUCGCAGGUCCGCAAGAUCAAGGAGCAGCGCAAGGCCGCCGAAGACGACAGCUCCAACAACGCCAUCAACCCGGCCGCCCAGGCGCACAACCUGCUCACCGCCGCGCAGAACAACGCCAACCUGUCCCUGAUGGCCGCACCUGCACCCGCGCCAACCCCCGCACCCGCUCCGGCACCAACGCCGACCCCUGCGCCCGCACCCGUCAUCAACCAGCAGCCCACCGGCGAUGUUAUCACCUCCGUCACCGUGCCGAUCGCGUCGCCGACGGCAGCAGGGGUGAAGCCGUCGUUUGAGAGGAAUCUGCUCAGGCUGUUAGGGGUGUGGGACAGCGCGGACUCGGCGGGCAAGCACAGCCUAGAAAAGGAUCUCGACAACAUCAUCCAAAAGGCAGAAUCGAGGCUCGAAAAGUCGGCCAAGAAGCGACGCAAGACGAGCCACAGCGCGGCGGUUGUCCAGGCAUCGGCCGCCACUGCAUCACCCGUGCUUCAGCCGGGCUCGAGCAUCAACAAUACCAACCCUGGGAUGGCGAGAAUGAAUGGGCAGAUGACGAUGCAGCAGCAACUCCAGCAGCAGCAGCAGCAGCAAACCCAACAGCUCCAACAAGCGCAGGCGCAGGCCCAGGCUCAGGCCCAGGCGCAGCAACAACUACAACAGCAGCAACAGCAGCAGCAGCACCAGGCCCAGCAGCAUCAACCACAGCAGAUCAAUCCUGCCGCCGUACAAAACACGCCGGCGUCGACAGCCAACACGACGACCGCGAAUGGGUCCGAAAACACGGGUACGCCGUCAGGCAAGGGCAGCGCGAGAUGCAGCAACUGCAAGCAGUUUGGCCACAACCGCAGGCGAUGCCCAGUCGGGUGA